AUGACCAAGGGACAACGGGCCAAGAUUCCUGCCAAAGACAAGAAGACAUCCAAAAAGUCAAGACCAAAGUCAAAUUCAAAGUCAUAUAGACUAAAAACCAUCGAGGAUCCCCAGAAAGGCCAAGGUCGUGACUCUAUCCGGAACACGUUAAUAGCACUGCAUAACACCGUCUUCAACAAACGUAAAGAUAUCCCCGCUGAGGUGCAAGAGUUCUGCUACCGUGUUGAUAUCCUGCACACCCGCGUGCUCGAGUUUACCUUGGAGGCUGGUGUCGAUGGACAAGAUGGAGAAUGCAUGGAUUGGCAAUGGGAACCAACGAUCCCCGUUCACCUCGUUCGUACGGUCUAUGAAGAAUCGUGCUAUCCUGAGGGAGCGGUCGCGAGGCCAUGGGACAUGGGCAAUUCACAAAUAACCUAA